AAUAAAAAAUUGCAUCAUGAAAGAUCAAAUGUUCAUCGUGUUCGAGGAUUUUUUGCCGUCACUGGCUGCAAGAUUAGGGCCAGAUGGCUUUAUCGGAGAGCUAUGCAAAGGGUUUCAGUUGCUGAUGGACUCGGAGACAGGUGUGAUCACAAUUGAGAGCUUGAAGAAGAACUCGAUGAAGCUCGGGCUCGAGGGCUUGGGGGAUGAUGAGCUUGAAGAAAUGGUAAGGGAGGGGGAUUUGGAUGGGGAUGGCGUUUUGGAUCAGAUGGAGUUUUGUGUGCUCAUGGUUAGGUUGAGCCCGGAGUUGAUGGAGGGCUCUUGGAGGAGAGCCUUGAGUUGGGGUUGACAUUUAUGGUAGUUAGGUAUUUGGUUAUUGCUUCCCUUUUCUCCCACCCCCCUCCCUUUUUUUUCUUUUUCCUUUAUUUCUUUUUUCUUUUUCUUUUUUUUGGGUAGGGUGUGCUUAGAUUACUCGAUGGGGUUGUUUGGAAUG